UGUUUUAGUCUCUCUCUCUCUCUCUUGAAUGAUGAACAGUUUAAACGAUAAAAUACCUGUAAAAAAUUUUAAUGAUUUUUUCGAAAAUGAUCAAACAUCACGUGCAUUCAGCCGUUUAGCUGAAAGAAAAUUGAAAAAAUUUGAAAAAAUUCAGCCAAAAUUUUAUAAAUACAAUAGGGAUGAACUAUUAGCACUAUCACAACAUCCAACAUCAAAAAUGACUAAAACUGAAUUUUUAGCUCGAUUGAAAAAUCCCGAAUUAGAUGAAGAAAUUAUUCUAUCAUUUCAGAAAAAAGAACGACAUAAUAUUGAUUUGAUUGAAUUAUUAAUGGAUAAUAAUCGUUCGUCAUCAACAACAACAAAAAGUGGAAAUGGAAAUGAUGUUGGUAGUGGUGGUAGUUUGAGUGGAAAUAGUGGUGGAUCUGGUCGUUCAUCAUCAUCAUAUAAUAAUAAUAACAAUAGCAAUAAUAGUGAAAAUACAACCAAAAUUUAUCGUUUUAAUAAAUAUCAACAGCCAUCAUCAACAUCAGAAUUAUCAUCUGGUGGUGAUCGUGAUCGUGGACAACCAAGUUGGCGUACUGAACGUUAUAGUCCAAAUUUUCGUGGAAAAAUUAAUCGUCAUCAAGAUAAUCAUCAUCAACAUUCGCAACAUCGUAGUAAUAAUGGUGGUCAUGGUCGUGGUGGUGGUCAUAGAAAUUAUCGUUAUGAUAAUGGCCGUGGUAGUGAUUAUAAUUCAUAUAAUUCAAAUAAAGAACCAGAACCAGAAUGGUUUUCCGAUGGACCAAAAUCAAUGACAGAUUUUAUUGAUCUUAAAGGUUUUGAUGAUGAUGAUAAUGGCGAUGAUGAUGAUGAUGAUGGUGGUAUUGAUUAUGAUAAUAAUGGUGAUGAAAAAGAUGAUGAUAAUGAUAAUGAUGAUAAAAAAUUAGUUAAAAAUCAAGAAUCAUUAUCAUUUAAUAUGAUUAAUGAUGAUAUUUCAAAAGAUGAUUUUAGUUCAUUUCUUGAUUCAUCCGAUAUAUCAUUAUUGGAUAAUAUUGAUAAUGAUUUUGCACAAUUUUUUGGUGUAAAUUCAAGUCGUUCAGCAAGAUGGUUUAAAAGUAAAAUGGCCAAUAAUAAUGAUGAUGAUAAUAAUUGUGAAAUGGAACGAAAAUCAUUAUCAUCAUCAUCAUUUGCAAAUGAUUCGAAUAUAUCAUUGAUGGAUUUAUUUCAAAAGAAAAAUAUUGAUAUUAAUCAAUUACAGAAAACAUUACCAAAAAUAUCGCCAACAAUGAAUUCUAUUAAUUUAUCUGAAGCUGUUAAUGUAAGCGAAUUAGAAGCAUCUUAUUCGAAUAAUAAUGGUGGUGGUGGUGGUGGUUCAUCAUUAUCAUCAACAUCAACAUCGAAUUCAUCAUCAACGCAAACACCAAAACCAAUAUCGAAUCAGUUAACAGCUGAAGAUUUUGCCAUUAUGUCGAAAUUGAAAUUUUUAGCCGCACCACAAGCACCGCCACCAUCACAAACAUCACCAUCAAAUUUAAUGAUGUUGAUGAAUAAUAACGAUAAUGAUAAUAAUGAUAGUGGUGGUGAUAGUAAUUUGAUGAAAAAAUCAUCAAUGGAUUCAACAACAUUACAGGCUAUGUUUGAAAAAUCAUUUCGUUGUCGUUUAUCACCUGAUAAUCAACAGCAACAACAACAGCAAGCAACAAACAUUCAAAUGAAUAAUGAAAUUUCUGAAUUGGAUCCAUUAAAACGUGGGUCAUUGCAACAACAACAACAACCACCAUCAUCAUCGUCAUCAUUGAUAACAUUGGAUGGUAUUCAAUAUGUACCUGCUUAUCCAAAUUUUCCAUCUUCUGGUCCGAUACGUCCUUUAUUUCCUGCAGCAGCCGCUGCCGCUCCUGGUCAUUCGGUUUUGCAUCCCCAUGGAUCUAUUAUGCCUAUGAAUGCAAUGAAUCAGAUGAUACCGAAUUCUGGAUUAAAUCGUAUGCAACAAUUUCCACCUUAUUCGCAAUCACAACAAUCACCAUUUAUGAUGGGUGGUGGUUUUCCUCGUACAAUGUUAAUGCGUCCACCAUUAAGACCUGUAAAAGUUCCAUUAGGAAUCCAUCCUGUUUCAGGUGCUGCUGAAAAGCAAUUUAUUAAUUUUAAUCAUCAUGGCCAUCAAUCACCGCUACCACCGCCGCAUCAUCCACAUUUAAUUCCAUCCAAUAUUAUUCAUCAACAACACCAACAUCUUCCAAUCAUUCCUACAUCGAAUAUUCGCAACAAUAAUAAUCAAUCAUUAAUGAAUCUACAGCAAAUAUUCAAUGAAUCAAAUCGAUUUGAAUCGAAUCAAAAUGAAGAUAAUAAUAAUUCAAUGGCAAAUAAAUUAUUAAAAAAUUCAAAAUUUACACCAACAUCAGUGUUUCGUAAACUUAAAGAUCAUGAUAAUCAAAAUCAAGCUAAUAAACAACAAAAAACAUUAGCAGAUUUAUCGAAAAAAAUGUCAACAUCAUCAGAUUCAAUCGAACAACAACAACAACAACAAUUUUCUGCUGCUGUUAAUAAUAGUGAUAAUUCACCGAAAAAUCUAAGUGAAAUGACAAAUUUAUUGAUGCAACAAUUGAAUAUUUCACCAAAUCAACCGACCAAACAAUCGUCGGAAAUGUCAAAAACAAAAUCAUCAUCAUCAACAACAACAUCGGUCAAUCCGAAUGAUAUUUUUAAUGUAUUCAAAAUGGCAUCAACAUCUUCUAUUCUUGAUGAUAAUAUUAAUAAUGAUCGUCAUCAUCAACAUUGUAUGAAUAUUAUUGGUCAAUCAAAUUCAAAUAUUACAAUUAAUACCGGUGGUGAUGGUGGUGGUGGUAAUAAUAAUGGUGGUCAUCAUCGAUUGCCUCCAUUACCAUUACAAAAUGCCUUGACGGUUGAAGAUUUAGAAAAGCUGUAAUACAAAACCAAUUCAUCAAUUCAUAUAAAUGAUUUUGUGUGUGUUUGUUUGUCGUCUGUGUGUAUAUAACUUAUUAAUUUUUUAAAAAAAUUUCAUUACACUUUUUCUCACAACAAAUGAUGAUGAUGAAGAAGAAAGAAAAAAAAUUUGUAAUUUUGCUUUACCAAUUCCCCCUUUUUCCCCUUUUGUUUUAAUUGAAGAAUGCGUUAAGAAGAAGAGAAGAACCGAAGUAAUAAUUUUUAUUGAAAUUUUUUUUAUACA